UUUCUUUUCUUUGUGUGUAAAAACAUCGUAAAGAAACAAGAGAGGCUGAGAGAAACAGAAAACUGAAAUUUUAUAAAGUAAAACAGAAAACAGUUACCGGCGAUACUCUUUUCAUUUUGCAACGAAAGUCUUCAAAGAUGAUUGCUUGUUUGGGACGAACCGUACACGGCACCGACGCCAACUCCACCCCCGACGACGACGUUUCCACCAUUUCCCAGUUACUCGACCUCCAAGGCAGCAUCGAAAACGGCGGAAUUACGGGCGUAGCCGGUAAAGAUUUCGGCGGGCUUUACUCCGCUAAGCCAUUAGCUGUGAUUAAACCGUCUGGGAGCGAGGAUAUAGCUCGGGUCGUUAAGGCCGCGUUGCGGACUUCCCAUCUGACGGUUGCGGCGAGGGGUAACGGCCACUCCAUCAAUGGUCAGGCGAUGGCCGACGGUGGGCUCGUGAUAGACAUGCGGUCCACGGAGGAAAACCAUUUCAAGCUGUUGACAAUCGACGGCUCUCCUUAUAUCGACGUCUCCGGCGGGGCAUUAUGGGAAGACGUAUUGAAACGCUGCAUUUCGAGGUUCAGUCUGGCUCCUAGGUCUUGGACCGAUUACCUCAGCUUGACGGUGGGCGGGACGUUAUCUAACGCCGGCGUUAGUGGACAAGCAUUCCGUUAUGGUCCCCAAACAUCAAAUGUAACGGAAUUGGAAGUUGUAACUGGAAAAGGAGAAGUCACGGUUUGCUCCGAAACCCAAAACUCCGAACUCUUUUUCGGUGCCCUCGGCGGACUUGGCCAGUUCAGUAUUAUAACCCGAGCUAGGGUCAAGCUUCAACCCGCUCCGGACAUGGUAAGAUGGAUAAGGCUAGUGUAUUCUGAGUUUGAAGAAUUCACUCGGGAUGCUGAGUUUCUGGUGACUCAAGAAGAAGGUGAGUUGUUCGAUUACGUGGAGGGGUUCGUUUUCUCCAACAGUGACGACCCAAUCAAUGGUUGGCCAUCCGUACCGUUGGAUCCAGACCACGAGUUCAAUCCGACUCACAUCCCUCAACCCGCCGGCUCUGUCCUCUACUGCCUCGAAGUGGCUCUCCAUUACAGCCACAGCGACCACCAUUCAAAUAUAGAAACGGCCGUGAGCAGACUUAUUGAACGGCUAGGAUUCGUCCGACGGUUGAAGUUCGAGGUGAAUGUUAGUUACAUGGAGUUUAUAUUGCGUGUGAAACAAGUGGAAGAACACGCGAAAGCCAACGGCAUUUGGGACAGCCCUCACCCUUGGUUGAACAUCUUCGUAUCCAAAUCGAGCAUAGUUGAUUUCGAUCGCACGGUGUUUAAAAAGAUGUUGAAAGAUGGAGUCGGUGGGCCCAUGUUGAUCUACCCUCUUUUGCGAAGCAAGUGGGAUGAUCGGACGUCGGUAGUGCUACCGGAAGGUGAAAUAUUCUACAUCGUGGCGUUGCUCCGGUUCGUACCGAAGGGUCCAUCGGUUGAAAAAUUGGUAGCACAGAACCAUGAGAUUGUCAAGUUGUGCAACAAUGAGGGUUUGGAUUUCAAGCUUUACCUCCCUCACUACCAGUCAAAAGAGGAUUGGAAACGACAUUUUGGGUAUCAAUGGUCCAGAUUUGUGGAGAGGAAGUUGAGUUUUGAUCCAAUGGCUAUCCUAGCACCUGGACAACAAAUUUUUAAAAGGACCCAUAUCAAUCUUAAUCAGCACUCUCAAUUGUAAUUUUCAUCUCUCUCUCUCUUU